AUGGCGUCGCCCCAGCGGGCGCCUCGCGCGGAGCUGGGCGACGCCGAGGCGGGCGACGCCGAGGCGGGCGCCGAGGCUGGCGCGCCGUCGGCGCAGGCGGCCGCGGCCCCAGCGGCGGCGGCCGGCGCCGGCGUGGCGGUGGCCGGCUUCGAGGGCUCGCUGCUGGAGGCGAUCGCCGACGGGGCCGUGUCGCAGCCGCCGCUGCUGGCCUUCGGCGCCUGGGUGCAGUGGCGCGCCGGCCCAGGUCGCCGGCUUCGCACCGCGCCCGCGAUCGCGGCCAGCGAGAGCGCGCUGUGGCGGAGCACGAUGGAGGCGCUGCACGGCCAGGACUGGCAGGCGCGGCUGCGCCAGCAGGGCCCCGCCGCGGCGCGCAGCCCCGCGACGCCGGCAGCUGCGCAGCCGCCGGCGGCGGACGACGUCCUGCGGCUGCUGGACUCGCCGGCGCGCGCGUCCGACGCGGGCCCCGACGCCACUGGAGCUCUGUCGGACGGCAGCUGGGGGCCGCUCACGGACGAUGAGGUCCUGGAGCGGCUGCUCAAGGACGUGGAGCCGCACGAGUCGAUGCGCGACUUCGAGCGGCGCCUGCUGCGCGCGCGGGCCGUGCUGACGCUGCGGCGGCAGGCGGUGCCGGAGGGCGCGGUGGAGUUCGGCAUGCGGAAGGCCCGCUUCCUGGUGGAGGCGCGGGCCCACGGCGAGGGCGUGGCGGCCGCGCUGGAGGCGAAGCUGCACGCGGUGCUGGACGUCGAGACGGACGACGCCGACGAGGACGUGCGGGCGCUGAUGGACCUCCUCGCGGUGGCGCGCGGCGGCGGCAGUGCUCGCGACGCGGUGGCCGGCGGGGCGCCGGCGCGGCCCCCGCAGGACCGAGCCCCUCCCGCCGGGCCCGCCGGCGUCGGCGCGGCCCCCGCGGCGCCCGCCUUCCCCGCGUUCGGCGAGGACCUGCCGCCGGGGCUUCCCCCGAGGGGCGGGCCGACCGAGGCGGGCCCGGCGGAGCCCAGCUUGGCGGCAGCGCUGCAGGGCCUCGCGGGAGCGCUCGGCCGGCGGGCCGACAAGAAGUCGUCCACGAUCCAGGUGAAGCCGCACUACAGUCUGCCGACGCUCGGCGACGGCGACUUCGACGUGGACUCGUUCGUGGAGGAGUUCGAGGAGAUGGUCGGUCUGGCGAACGACGGGGCGGGCAUGUCGGCGACCGAGAUGGUGCGCGUGCUGGGGACCUGCCUGAAGGGCUCGCGGCAGCGGGCGUACAAGGUCGAGCUGAAGCAGGCGCGCCGGUCAGGCAGGCUGGCGGCGGAUCCCGACGAGGUGUACCAGAGCCUGAAGGAGCGGCUGAUGGAGUUCAAGGAGGGCUUGCUGGAGAAGCAGCAGCGGCUCAACGCUGAGUGGAGGACGCUCUCACGCGGCAAGAUGAGCGCGCUGGAGUUUCAGGCGACGUUCGAGAACAUCGUGGCGGAGAUGGAGCUGGCUGGGAUGAGCAAGUCCGAUCGCGACCUGCUGCUCGGCUACCUGGCGCUCAUCCCCCCCGCGCACCGUGCAGAGGUGCUCAAGGAUCGCCGGGUGUAUCAGCGCUCUGGCGCUCAGCCCGAGGUCCGCGGCGUCGAGACCUGGAGGGAGGCCCAUCGCGUGCUGCUGAAGCUGGAGGAGGCCGAGAGCUCGGCCAAGGCGCUCGUCGCGGCGGUGGGCUCGGACUUUGCGCCUAGCCCGGGCGGCGGCGGUGGCCGGCGUCGGCGCGGAGGCGGUGGCGGCGAUCAGGAGCCGCCCGAGGUCGGCGCUGUUGGCGGCUCCGGCGGCGCCAGCGCUGAGGGUGCUGUGAAGGUCUGCUACCAGAUGAGGGACAGCGGCACGUGCGCGCGUGGUGACGCCUGCAGGUUCUCGCACGACCGGGCUGCUAUCGCCGAGGCGCGGAGGACCAAGAAGGACGCGACCGGGCCGAAGGGCAAGGGCGCGGACGGCAAGAAGGGCAAGGGCUCGGACGACGGCGGCAAGGGCGGCCUCAAGUCGCAGCUCUGCCUGCAGUUCCUCCGGGGUGCGUACAGCAAAAGCGAGAAGGACUGCAAGUUCAGCCACUCGGGUAAGGCAGCUCAGAAGGUCAUUGCAGCAGUCUAUGCUGGCGCGGCCGCAGCUAAGGCGCCGCCGCCGAGCCUCGGCAGCGCGGGCUCCCCCGGCAGCGGCCAGGGAGCGGCGCCCGCGGCCGAGGAGGCGGCGCGGCCCGCAGCCUCUGGCGCGGCGCCGAAGGUGCAAGCUGCGGCGGGUGGCAAGCUCGAAUGGGUGCGACCCUGUGGCGGCGUCUUCGGCCCGAGCUACGACCUCCCGCAGGUGAGCGUCGUCAGGGGUUCGCCUUCGCCCGAAAGAGCUCUGAAGGACCUGGGCCAGAUCCCCGCCAGCGCCUGGACGCAGGUGCAGGAGCCCGACGACGGGUACCACUACUUGUGCCACACGCACGUCUACGGCCUCAGCAUCAGGACGCCCCUUGAUGGCGGGGCUGUGUUCUCCUUGACGUGGGAGGCGACGAUCGUUAGCAUCAUCAACAGCGCGAUCGCGGAGGGCAAGUCUCCUGAGGACCCCGACUGGCCGAUCGCGGGCCUGAUGCUUUGGGGCCGAGAUUCGAAGGCCUCGUCGGUGGCGGACAAGGGCGACCUGAAGAUUCGUGGCAUGGUGGACCUGCGCCUGGCCUUCGAGGGGCUGGAUGGUACGCGAGUGGUGCGUGUGUUUCGCCUUCGGCUUCUGCGCGGGGGUUGGGACAGGCCGUUUCUCAUCAUUCUUGGGGCCCCAGCGCUCGAUGCACCCCCCCUGGGGAUCGGGCACCGGCCUACGCUGCAGGGCCACUACCUGCCGGGGCUGGGCAUCACGGUCAAGCGCGCGGAGGCCGACGCGGUGCAAGCGAAGCUGUUGACCAUCGCGGCGGUGUUCUCGGAGUGCGACGCCGAUUGGCGUCGAGGUGAGGAUCGUCGGGCGGCCAGCGCUGUAGGAUCCCUGGUGUGGUCCGGCGCGGCCUGCCCGAGCUACCCCAUCUGCAUGGUCGGCGGCCAGUGCCCCGCGGAGUUCGGCGGCGGCGACACAGGCGUGAUCGUUCUCGACGACUCGGAGUCCGCCGUCCCCAUCUACCUGAGCGGCGAGGAGGGCGUGCGGCUGGAGCUCGGCGAUUGCGCUCUGGUGCCAGCUCGCGCUAGCGGCUUCGCAGCGGGCAUCGUCGGCGACGUGGUGGCGAAUGGCGCGGCGGCUGUCUGGGCCGCCCCCGGCCCUUGGCUCGGCCGGGAGCAGCUCGUCCUGGUCGGCAACUGGGACCAGCCCGGCGUCAGCAUCGAGGUCGGCGACAUCGUGGGCGCCGUGAUUCAGACCGAUGGCGAGCCGGCCGGCGACGACCCGUCGGUGGCGCACGUGUGGCAGGAUUGGGACGAGUUUCGGGACAUCGUUGAGCUGGAGGUGCCGACGGACGAGUACUACGCCGAGCGUCUGGUCUACUGGCAGCGGAAGUACCCGAAGGCGGCCACCACCCUCCUCGAGCAUCUCUUGGCGGUCGAAGGUUUGCUGGACGUGUGCAUCGCGGCCGGGUACUCCAUGGGUGCCGAGAAGUCCCUCGACAGGCUGGCGCAGCCCUCCAUCGAGGCGCUCGGCGAGAUCGUGGGCCGCGAGGGCAGCGAGGCGUGCGAGCGGCAUCUGGAGCUCAUUAAGAACUGGUCGGUGCUCGAGGACGUGGCUGCGCUGCGGCGGUUCCUUGGCACGUUCAACUGGAUCCGCGGCCACUUCCCCAAGGAGGUGCAGAAGCCGCUAGGGAUCCUCACGCAGCAGCUCAAGAAGGACGCCGAGUGGCCGAUGACCCCCGAGAAGGUUGCGGCCCAGCGCGCCAUUCAGCAGCUCGCGUGCGAGGCCAUCCGCCUCGCGGUGAUCGAUAUGGUCGGGGCGAUCUCUAGGGACCGCCCGCUCGAGCAGGUCGCGGACUUUUGCCCCUACGGUUGGGGUGGCAGCGUGUAUCAGCUGGCCGCCGACCGCCGCACGCUCAACGUGCUGGCGAUGUACGGCGGCUGCCUCAGCUUGGCGCAGAGCAAUUGGCACCCCCGCCGGGGUGAGCUGUAUGCGCAGCGUGAGACCAGGCGGGAGGCACGUAAGGACUUCGGUCGGCUGCCCGCCCUGUGCUGGACGGACCACGCGGCAGCGGUGAAGGACGGUACGGGUGAGGCCGAGACGGACUCCACCGUCAUCCGCUGGGUUGGCGAGAUCGAGAGCGACGGCAGCAGGCUGAUGAAUCUCUCUGGGCGGAGCGCGGCCCUGGGUGAUGGGCCCUCCCGAGAGAACGAGGCCCACGGCAAGAUCCUGCGCGAGCAGGCUCACUCCCUGACGAACAUCACGAUCGAGGACAUCAUCGGCGAUGACUACCGUCCAGGGGAGGGGGUUCCUUGGGGCCUGGACGAGACCCCCGACGCGGCCGCCUUGCAGCUGGUGGCCGUGGCCGGGGCGGAGCGCGAGAAGGGCGACUCCAUCGCGCUGCACCUGCCGGACUACGGAUGCGAGAGGCGGCGGAGCGCAGAGCAGGCGCGGGCAGCUCGACAGCUGCAGCUGGCGGCGCCGGGCCUGCGGCUUCGCAUGAUCCCGCGCGACCCCCCGCUGGCGGACGGCGCCGGCGGCCUGUACUACAUCGCGCCUCCUCGCUUCCCAGGUGAUGCGAGUAGCAAGGCGCGGAAGCAGCUUCGCAAUGACGUGCUGACCGCGGUGGCCGCCGUCUUGCGAGAGAGUGCCGCGCGGUGGCCCAAGGUCGUGAUCGGGACGGGCCACGGCGGGCUGGUGGCGGCUGCAGCGGCCCACCCCAGAGUGGUGGAGGCCGCUCUCGCGCUGCGGUACGCGAGAGAGGCGUUUCCUGAGUUCGGAGCGGCCGCCCACGGCGACGAGCGCCCGGCCCCCCUCUAUUUGGUGGAGGGUGCCGGGGCGCACCGCCGUUUCGGGCAGGACCUCGGCGAGGCGCUGGGCGUGAAGGUGGCGGCCACGCUGGGCGAGGUCCUCAUGCAGGAAGUGGUCUCUGCCCCCCCGCGGCUGCUGGAGUUCAGCGGCGGCCGCUGCGCGUGCGGGCGGAGUUCGCUGGUGCUGGCGCGGCGCGGCCAGUGCAUCAGGGCCGACCGCGAGCUCGAGGAGGAGGCGCGGCUGGCUGAGGCGCCGGAGGAUGCGUUCGGGGAGCCCGACGCGGUCGACGUGGCGGCCUCGGCGGCGCGCAUGCGCGCGGUCCGCCCGCAGCCGGCAGUUGCUGUCGGGCCUGGCCCCUGCAUCGCCGUGUCGGCGGAGCUCGCGCGGGACCUCCUGGAGUUCGGCGGGGGCCGAGCGGAUUUCACGUGCAACUGCAUCCGGGUCCGCCGAGCGCCGGCUGCAGGCGUCGUGGCCUUGGAGGCCGCUCGGGGUUAUUCCUAUCGGCUGUCGUGCUUCGUCGUGCCGCAGGGGCCCGAGCCGGGCGUGGAGGUGGCGCUGGCGCAGCCGUGCGUGGAGUUCGGGCUGGAGCUCGUCACGGAGAUCGACGUGGAGCUGCUGCAGGCGGGCUUGCCGACGGGCGCCGAGCUGGUCCAGCUAUUCGCCUGCGCCUGGCUGCUGUGGGAGGGCGGCGCGCGCCUCCCCGCGCUGGGCGCCACUCACGUGCAUCGGCACUGCAGGGGGUCGGCCGUCAGCAACGGUGCGAUCAUCAAGGUGUCCUCCUACUCCUCCGCCUACUCCGAGGUCUUCGCGGGCGCCCUGGGGCUAUCAUGGUACCGGGCCCUCCGCGAUCGCUUCGGCGGGCGGGCUUCAGGAGCCUUCGUCGAGUUCGCGGACUCCGACUUCGCGCGCGGCGAGCGGGAGGCCUUCGAGGUGCCGGACGUCCUCGGGGCGAUCACCAGCAUGCGGGCACCGGCGUCUGAGCAGGCAUGCUCCGUCGGGCGCGUGGCAUGCGCCCCGGAGCGCGGCACUGCAGCCUUCGACGCGGAGGUGUCGGACGGGCGUAAGCUGGAGGACGCCGACAUCGCCAUCAGGGAGGAGUACGCCGCGAAGGUGCGGGGCUGCGAGCCUGAGGCGGGGAGCGAGCCGUUCGAGCUGUCCAAGUCGCUUCGUGCCCACAUCAUCGGAGACCAGUGGAAGGACGAGGAGCUCGGGCCCAUCUGCAUGCAGCUUCGCGCCGAGUCUGGCGCCGGCGACAGCCCCGAGGCGCAGCGUCUCGGUGAAGACUUCGCGCUCGAGCAGUUCGUGACGGUGGGCCCAGGGGAGCAGCGCUGGCUGCUAGUCCUCCCUGCGUCUGGCGGACCGGGCUCGGGUAUAUCGUGGAGGCGCUUCAUCUUCCUCCACGUUCACGCUGGUCCGUCGGGGGGCCACAAGACGGCGGUCGCCACUCGUGAGUGCGCCCGGCGACUGGUGGUUUGGCCGGGGCUCGCGGCGGACAUCGAGAAGUGGUGCGCUAGCUGCUGGGCCUGCCUCCGAUUCAGGAAGCAGACUACGAAGGUUCAGGUUCGGCGCGCCUUCUUUCGAUGCGCGACUCGUGCCAAGACCUGGCCGAUGCUGGUGAGUUCGGAUCGUGGCAAGGAGUUCUGCAACGCUCUCAUGGAAGAGCUCUGGGCGCUCCUCAACUUCGCAGGCCGCUUCGGCACGUCGUGGAGGCCCUGCGAGCAGGCGGACGCGGAGCGGUCCCACAUCGAGUGCGCGAGGGAGAUCGGCAUCUUCCUGCACGACGUUUUUAAGUGUGCCCCCGGCCAGUGGGCCGAGCUGCUGCCGAUCGUCGAGUUCGCGUUGUGGAACUCGCCCGUCAAGUCGGCGCUGUCGCCGAGGGACCUCUGCAUGGGUUGGUCGUUGGCGUCGCCGCUGGAGAGGGAGCUGCUGCCGCUGGAGCCCGCCGUGCGCGAGGCAGUCUCCGACGUCGCGGCAGCACAGUUCGAGCAGUUCAGGCGUUUGCGGGAGGUUUACCUUCAGCAUCGGGCUCGAGCCGGCCGGCGCAGAGCGGAGCUGGCUAAUCGCACGAGAUCGUCGAGGCGCCCGGAGGUCGGGGACAUGGUAUUGUUCAAGGACCCGAAGCUCUCCAAGGCCGUGGCCGGGCACGCUCCGGGCCGCCGCCCUCUGCGCGGCCCCUUCGAGGUCCUCUCCACGAAGGGCAACGUCGCCACGUUGCGGGACCCCGAGACCCGGCAGGUGCUCAAGGACAUCCACGGCGAUUUCUUGGUCGGCGUCCCGGGCUUGGUUGACGACACGGAGCGCAUCGUGAAGUUGGAGGAGGACGACGUCCGUGGCAGGGCCUCUGCCGGACAGCUUCUGGCAGCGCGGCUGGCCCCUGGAGGCGGCGAGGCCGCCGAGGCGCUGGCGCCGCGCGUGAAGGCGCGGAUGCGAGAGGUGAAGGUCGGGCGGCUCGUGGCCUACCAGGGCGAGGAGGCGAAGCGCUGUCGGGUGGGCAAGGUGCUGAGCCUGGCCGAGGACCUGAGCAGCGUGACGGUGCACGUGUACCAGGCGGCGGUCGACGGACGGCUGCAGGUGGUCUGGACAGCGGCGUACGACCGCCAGGAGGGCGCGGACUUCCAGCGGCAGAGGGUCGAGACGCUGGAGGCGAAGCGGGUGCUGGGUGUCGUGGAGCUCAACAAGGGCGUGCUGAACCACGCGGCGGCGAGCAGACUGGCGCGGGCCGGCUGGCGGCUGGACGAGAGGACCGUUCGGCACGGUGCCUUGGCGGCGGCGGCAGUGGUGCCGGCCGCGCCACGGCUCUCCGACCUCCCUUCGAGCCGCGUCAUCGCGCUCGUCGCAGCUUGCCGUCCGCUCGAGGAGCUCGACCUGAAGAUCGGCGAGGUCCAGGCGUGGGCGCACGGCGUCCCCCUCUUCGUGGAGAUCUUCGAUGGGGUCGGGAGGCUCUCGCAGGCGGUCCAGAGCUUAGGAGCAGCUGACGCGGUGUGCAGCGUGGUGGCCGGCAUCGACCUCAAGCGCAGGACGUACGGGCAGUAUUGGGACCUCAGCAGGGCCAAGGACCGCGCCCGGCUUCGCUACCUGCUCUUCGAGGUGCUGAGGCCGGCAGGAGCCCACUGGGCGCUCCCCUGUGCGAAGUGGAGCAGCCUCGGCGGCCACCAGCCCGACGCCAACGCGCACGCGCUAGCUUCUUUCACCAUGGACGGCCUCGAGCACCUCGACGGCGCGGGCUGCCUGGCCUCCUUCGAAGGCCCUCGAGCGCACGCGCUGGUGGCGAGCGUGGAGAGCCCGGACGAGGAGCCCUUGGCCAUGCAGAAGCCGUACGUCAUCGUGGGCAACUUCCCGCUGGACCUGCUGGACGUCCAGUGCCGUCGUGGAGCGCUGCGGCCUCUAGGGCGCGGCCUCGAAGGCGUCGAGGUCGCCUCCGCGGAGCAGGACGGCGACGCCGGGAGCUCCAUGAUCGGAGCCGCGCGGGCGCUGGAGGGGCCUCGCAUGCCCUGCGAGCCUGGGCGCGCGGCCGCUCCGGCUGCUGGAGCGACGAGGUCGGUGGACAAGCUGAGCGACGCCGAGAUGGCGGAAAGGAAGGCGCGGCGGGAGCCGGCGGCGGCGGCGGCGAAGAAGAAGUGGGCCGAGCUGGCCAAGAAGGGUGACUGGGAUCAGGUGCGGAUGCCCGGCAAGUGCUUCAGGUUUGCCGAGGUGAAGGUUUCGCCGAGGCGCUCUGCGGAGUACAAGGCCAAGGUUCUGGAGGCGGUCGGGCUCGUCGGCGAGUGCGCGGGCUACAAGCACCUGGGCAGCCAGGAGCUGGAGGCGCUGAAGGAGAUGAUCAGCCUGAAGGCCGAGGCGUUCUGGGUGAAGGGCACCGCGCGGACGGUCAUGCGCGGCUUCAAGCACGACGUGGUGACGACCGGCUUGCCUGCGCGUGGGCCGCCGAUCCGCUUGAAGGGCCCGGAGGCUUCCAUCGUCCGCGAGGAGCUCGAGGCGGGCGUGGAGCAGGGGCUGUACUCCAGGGGGACUUCGCCCUGGGGCAGCUGGGCCUUUCCGACCAAGGAGCAUGCGAGCGGCCGAAGGCGUCGGACCGUCGUGGACUACCGGAUGGUCAACCGCAGGAUGGUGAUGUUCGUGUACUACAUCCGCCGGUGCCGAGACGUCAAGGGCGAGCUGGUGGGCUGCGCCUUCAUCUCUGGCAUGGACGGCGCUCGCGGCUUCAACCUCCUGGUCAACACUGAGCACGCGAAGGAGGUCCUGGCUGUGCUGGCGGACUGCGGCUGCUACCUCCCCGAGGUGCUGCAGCUGGGGCCAGCGACGGGGCCCUUCGACUUCCAGUUCUGCACCGACGAGCUGUUCACUGGCACCGGCCGCGGGCGCUACGGAUCGGUCUGGAAGAAUUACAUCGACGACUUUUGGGUCAGGACGGGGCAGUGGCUGAACGGUCGCGCCUACACCGACCGAGAGUACGAGGAGAUGCUGGCGGCCAGCCAGAGCUACGACCACGCCAAGGGCGUGCUCGUGGGGCUGUGCGUGGCGCAGUCGGCCACGGGAGCGGCGGCUAUGGAGGGCGGCGGCGUUGCCUUGGCGAACGGCCUCCGCAUGCUGGUGGUGGCUGCCGCGGUGCGCACGGCGUCCUUGGUGGAUGAAGGGCUGCGCGCGGGCGUGCAGCUGACGCAGGACAUCUUCGAGGCGGCCGGCGACCUGGUCCAGAGCGUCUCCUGGAACCUCAGCGGGCUCAUCCACGAGGUGUGCGAGGGGGCGGUCCUGGUGGCGCGUGUCCUGGUCGUCGUGCAGUGCUGCUACGCUCUCUACUGCCUGCGCUCGUGGGUGGCUUGCCGUUCGCAGCGGGCGGCGCUGGAGCGCGCUGCCACCGCCGGCGAGGCGGCUCAGCGCGGACUCACGUCCAGCGCGCGAGCCUGCGAGGCCGGCGACGGGCCCGCCUUCGGCCGCGAGCCGAUGUCCAGGGCGGCAGCCGCUGGGAGGAGCCCGAGCGGGGCCAUCCCAUCAGCAGAUGGCGCCGCCAGCCCUGUGGUGGCGCUGUGGCGCGAGGCGGAGUUCGAGACGCCCCUGCUCGGAGCGGCGGCACGCCCCCGAGCGGAGGUCCUCCAGAUCCAGCGGAGCGCGGCUGUGGCGCUGCGGGACCUGGAGCACUCGGACCGCCAGCGCGCCGCGCGCGCGCGCGACCUGGCCGCUUGCGGCGCGGUGGUGUCCGCAAAGCUGGUGGAGGCUGCGCGCAGCUCAGCGGUGAAGGACGCGGGCGACCUGUGCGAGUUCGAGGUUGAGGUGGCCGGCAGCCGCGGCGUGCGGUAUGAUGUGCGGCUUCGCGCUGGACGCUUGGCUGCAGCGUUGCUCCCCGCAUCGUGCACUUGCGCGGACUUCGUCGGCGGCGUUGGCAGCCCCUGCAAGCACAUCGGGGCGGCCUGGUGCUGCGCGGUGGACGGCAACUUCAGCGAGCUGGUGGAGCUGGCGCUCGCGGCUGGCCGCAAGGAAGGAGCUACCGCUGGACCUCAGCGACGCGCAGCCCUGGCGCCGAGCGACUCCCUUGGCCUCGCGGGGGCCGUGCGGGAGCUCCGCGACUCGGAGGCCGAGGUCGUUCGCCUGCGCGAGGAGGUCCAGCAGCUGAAGGCGCAGCUGGGGGCGACCUCCAGGCGCGGAGCUGUGACCGAGUUUCUCUCGGCGUCGGAGACGCUGGCGGCUUGGGCGCGGGCCUGCGGCGAGGCCGAGAGCUAUGUGUACGUGGCGUGCUUCACCUUCGACCAGCCGGGCGUGGUGAACUACCUGGAGGCGGCUCGAGCUCGAGGCCUCACAGUCCGUUUGGUGUUCAGCGGCCGUGACGAGGCCUUGACCAACAACCAGGGACCGCGCCUGCAGCGGCUCCGAGCCUGUGGGUGCGAGGUGCGCGCUCACAAGGGCUCGCGGCUGCGCGCAAAGGUGAUGAUGACAGAGCGCGAGAUUGUGCUGGGCAGCUGCAACUUCACGACUGCCAGCUUGAGCAACGUGGAGCGCGGAGCGUCGUUGCAGGAGCUGUCCGAGGAGACGGUGCUCGAGCAGAAGGAGUGGUUCGAGCAGCUGUUCGAGGCGGCGGCACCCUUCAAGGACGGGAUCGGCGAGGUGGUGCCUCCGUCGCCGGCCCGGCGAGGGCGCCGCGAGGCGCUGGAGGCCGGCUGGGCGAGAGGCCUAGCGGCCGCGGCGCCGAGGCUCGAGGCGCUGGAGGCCAUCUGGGCGAGAGGCCUAGCGGCCGUGGCGCCGAGGGCGAGCAGCGCUGGGGCAGCUAGGGCGAGGCCCAGCAGCCGUGGCGCCGAGAUGGCAGGGGCGUGGCAUUUUGCUACGCCGUCGACGCCCGGCAGCGCCGGGAGCUAUGAGCGACUGCAUGGCGCCGAGUUCGGCGACUUCGAGGAAUUCAUCGACUUCAAUUUUGUGGAGCUGCACGUCGCGGUGGACGUGCCGGGGCGCCUGUGCCGCGGAGUGGUCGUGGUGAUCACCACUGUUUUUGUCUUGCUCCGAUCCUACAACCCAACGCAGGAGAAGCGCUACCAUGAGGGGCAGGAUGUGUUGGGGAGGAAAGACAGGGGCCCUUUCGAGCUCUCCGCCUGUCGAGCCGAUUCCAAUCACAGUGCGCCGUCGUGCGACAAUCCUUUCGAGAACACCACCUGGCACCUGACGCUUUACGAGAGGCUGAAGCUCGCGAUUAUGUCGGCGACUGUGCUGCCGCUUCGCGUACUCGGCCUCGUGAGCGCAACCCUCUCCAUUUGGCUGCUGCUCGCAGUGUUGGUGAAGCUCCGCCUGUUUGUCCAGCUGCGCUGCCGCGCGAUUCCGCCAGCCAGCGACCCCGCUGUGAGCCGAGGGGGCGGCCCGCCGCACGCGGGCCGCUGCGAGGCGCGGCGGAGCACCGCCGCCCGCCCGAAGGCGAGCCCGGCCGCCGUGCCGGAGCAGCACCCGAGUGUUACGGGCACCCGGGCCACCGGCGUGGGCGCCAUCGUCUCGAACCACAUCAGCUUCCUAGACGGCAUGGUGUGGGUAGCCGUCGCCGCCCCGCGGAUUUUUGCGGAGCAGAGCAAUUUUAAGGGCGGUUUCUUGCUUCUCGUGGCGAGGGCGCUGAACAUCGUCACGUUCGACCGCGGCGGCGCGGAGUCCAGAAAAGCUGCCAGGGCGACCAUGGCACAGGCUGCCAGCGAAGCAGUCGCUGGCCGUGCCCCGCCGAUUCUGGUGUUCCCCGAGGGCACAACCCACAACUCGAAGGUGAUGAUCACGUUCAAGGAUGGCGCGUUCGCGCCAGGACUCCCCGUCCAGCCCGCCCUGAUGCGGUACAAGUUCCGGCACUGCGACCCCUGCUGGGUGUCCUCGGGCCCCGGCCUGCCGAUGCUCGUUUUCAAGCUGAUGUGCCAGGUGGCGAACUCGCUGGAGGUGGAGUUCCUUCCCGUCCACCGGCCCUCGCAGGAAGAGAGGGACAGCUCGCUCGCGUUCGCGCGCGGCGUGCAGCUGCAGAUGGCGACGGCCAUGGGCGUGCCGACCACGGAGCACUCGCUGGAGGACCUGCAGCUGCAGAUGGCCGCGAUCAAGGCGAGCCUCCCGUGCGAGGUCGGGGUGAUCGGGUACUCCGCGAUCAGGGACGCCUUCGGAGUGGACGCUGCGCAGAUCAAGGACCAAAUGCUGGUUUUCAAGAACAUGCAGGGCGGUGCCGCGGGUCGUGUCUCGUGCGAUGAGUUCGUGGAGAGCUUCGAGCGCGCGUUCCACAGACCCUCAGGAGGCCAGACCAGGAUGCUGCAGGAGUUCUUCGAGCGGCUGACCGACGGCCAGCCCACGCUCGACUUCCGCAAGUUCCUUAUCGGCCUUGCCCUCGUCCCCGAUCCGCAGAAGGAGAGCCAGCAGGAGGGUUCCCCGGCCCGUGGGGUGUCGCCCACGCAGCUGCCGUCGUUCGAGGAGGUCCUGGCCAGGUACAGGUCCCAGGCGUACAUCCGCCUGGUCUUCGCGGCGUUCGCUGCCAGCGAGGACCACGUCGUGAAGUGGAGAGAGUUCGAAGACCAGUGGCUGUGGCUGUAUCCACACCGCCAGGACGAGUCGGGGAACUCCGUCAGGGCGACGUUCGAGGAGAUCGGAGGCGAGGGCGACACUUUGUCUUUCGAGAGCUUCUGUGCGUACUGCGAGAGGCACCCCGUCUUCGAGAGGCAGCUCCGGCAGGCCUUCUUCGGCCGCGUGUCCUCCGAGUUCUCGCCGCACUGGCUCUUUGUCGCCACUGGCCUGUCCCCUUCGAGGCGGGGAUGGCUGCCGCGAGUGCCCGACGCAGAGGUGCUUGCAGCAGUAGUGACGCUCUACGAGGACGAGCUGCGCCCUUAUGGCCGCAUCAUCCGCAAGCGUCUUGCAGAGCACGCUGAGCAGAGUGCGCCACAGGCGCCCUCUGGCGGCCAGGAGGAGGUCGUCGGCGCGGAGCGCCUGCGAGCGCUCUGCGAGGGCUGCCCACGCCUGCGCGUGGAGCCCGAGGACGGGGGCGAGUUCGCCGUGCUGCUCGUGGACCGGCCCGCCGGCUUCGUGGACAUCUACAGCCGCAGCGACCCCUACCCCGAGGAGAUGUGGAAGGAGGCGGCGGAGCACUUUGCGAGCCUCGGCGAGGCCGACCAGUUCCCCGGAGGCCGCUACGCGAGCGCGCGGGCGCUGGCCGCGCGGCGCCCGCCGUUCCUGCGCGGGCGCUCGCUCGGCCAGGUGUGCCACAUCAUGCAGCUGGCCAUCACCCGGCGGCAGCUGCUGGGGUCCCCGAAGCCUUGCCGCACAGCCAGUCCACCUCCAUGCGGAAGAGCCGCUGCGCCGAGCUCCAGCGGCCCUGCGCCGGGAGGGCCCCGGCGGCGCGCGGCGGGGCUGCGGCGGAGGGCGCUCCCCCGGAGCUGCGCCUGGCGUGCUGGGAGCAGACGCUCCGGCACGUCCGCGAGAUCCUCGAGAGCGCGCUCGAGAAGGGCCAGCACCAG